UAUUUAGGUACUCUACAAACCUUAAUAAGAAUCGAGUGCUUGUAGCAAUCGCAGAGAGCAAACAGAAAGCCAGCUGGCAGAAACUGAACAGUGCCACUGCAUUUUUAUUGCUCCUAACUCCCCCAAAACCAGAUUAUUACUAAAAAAAAAUGUCUUUUUUAAUUUCAUUUAUCUCUGAUCCUGCAUUAAUUUGUCUGCUGUGUGCAGCGGUGUUAUUAGCCGUGCUCUAUUUUUCAACUGGCUAUAAAAAUUCAGCUUUUAAAUUUCCUCCUGGUCCAACUCCUCUUCCGAUCAUUGGUAACCUGCACUUGGUGGAUCUUAGAAGGCAAGAUAAAUCAAUAAUGAAGCUUGCAGAAAAAUAUGGCCCCAUCUUCACCCUCCACUUUGGGUUCCAGAAAGUUGUGGUCCUGACCGGGUACGAAGUUGUGCGGGACGCGCUUGUGAACUACACAGAGGAGUUUGUAGACAGACCAUCCAUCCCAAUAUUUGACCAAAUUCAGAACGGAAACGGUUUGUUCUUCUCUAUUGGGGAGCUGUGGAGAACAACUCGGAGAUUCACUGUAUCCAGCAUGCGCAACCUCGGCAUGGGGAAAAAAAUGAUAGAAGGGAGAAUUUUUGAGGAGCUUCACUUCCUUAUCGAGAUGAUCAAAUCUUACAAAGGGGAACCUUUUAAACUGACAUCCUUCAACUGUGCUCCAAUCAACAUCACCUUCAUCAUGCUGUUUGGGGACAGGUUUGACUAUAAGGACCCAACAUUUCUCACUCUCUUAAGACUCAUAGAUGAAGUUAUGAUUCUUUUGGGAUCUCCAUAUUUGAAUUAUUUCAAUUUUUACCCAUUCCUUGGAUUUCUUUUCAAAACCCACAAGAUCAUGCUUGGGAAAAUAGAAGAUGUGCGUGCCAUUUUAAGGCAAUACAUGAAGGCGAGCAGAGAGGAUAUCAACGAGAACAGCGUGAGGAGCUACAUUGAUGCACUGAUAUUCAAGCAACAAGAGGAGAAGAACAAGAAAGACAGCCUCUUCCAUGAUGAUAACUUAAUAGCAUCCAUACUCGACCUGGUCAUGGCAGGAACAGAAACCAUAGCCACAACACUCCAGUGGGCCAUCCUGUUGAUGAUGAAAUACCCAGAGAUUCAAAAAAAGGUGCAGGAGGAGAUUGGGAGAACUGUCAAAGCUGGGAGCUGCGCCACGUACGAGGAUCGGAAGAACAUGCCAUUUACAAACGCAGUGCUCCAUGAAGUGCAGAGGUUUAUCACCCUCCUGCCUCACGUUCCCCGCUGCACUGCUGUUGAUACCCACUUCAGGGGCUACUUCCUUCCCAAGGGUAUAAUUGUAAUCCCGUCGCUCACCUCAGUGCUGCUGGACAAGACGCAAUGGGAAACGCCACAUCAGUUUAACCCCAACCACUUCCUUGAUGCUGAAGGGAAUUUCGUAAAGAGAGAUGCUUUCCUGCCCUUCUCCAUAGGGCGAAGGAACUGCAUUGGAGAAAGCCUCGCCAAGAUGGAGCUGUUUGUCUUCUUUGUAGGGUUGCUGCAGACAUUUACUUUUCAGCCCCAGCCAGGAGUUUCAGAGUCUGACUUGGACCUUACCGUCCCCCAAACAACUUUCACACUAAGGCCUCAGCCUCAAGCAACCUGUGCUAUCCUGCGUGAAUAACAACAGUCUUGCUGAAGAGCAACCCAACACCUAGGGAAGCUUCUUGGACCCACCUUAAUUAUGCUAGGACUUGCCACCUCCCAUCCUUCCACAUCACCCUCUUUCGCCCCAGAAUUGCACCAUGGGUUGCACAUCUGAACCGAACUUUUCCAGGCUCCCUUAUUAUCCGUAGCUUCUAGCAAAUUCUACCAGGCUAGGCAGCCAAGUCAAACACAGCGAGUGAAAAACCAGAUCAAUUCAGAUCAUUGGAGGAUAAAGUUAUUUCUGCCUUAGAACAGUGUUCUGAAAAAUGCCCCAGAGUCUGCAAACCCGUUACCACCAAGUCCAACACUGCUUCACAGCCUGAAUGAAACAAGAUCAACAUUUCGAAGUUUGCAGUCUAAAUCAUAAAGCCACAUAAGAGCUGUACCAGCAACUGAUCAUGAAAGAAAUAAACCAGACUCAUUUCUAGUUUUAUGCAUCGUUGUCUUUCCUGACCUUGUUAAAUAGGAACAGACACUGUUCCUCUCUUCGGACCUCCGGGGUAACAUUAAGAGCCAACAUCAGCAGCCACUCUAGGAUUUGUGAGAGCCUGACCAUUGGAACCAGCCUUGCAGGUGGUGUCUUAUAUCAUAGUGCUUGUAUUACAUGCACACAUCCAAAGAGAAUUGGGAUCAUGGAUUAGAUGAGACCUGGGCUUGGUUGUUUUCCUUUCUUCUGUAGCUUUAUCUGGCUGGUUUCCCUGUCUGUAGCACUCUUAUCUGCCAUCAUAUUCCGCAAUCUUAUUCCAGUUGAUGGGCUGGCAAUUUUUCAUUCAUUUAUCUGCCUGCGAAUUGUCACUUCUCCAUAUGCAUUUUGUUAUCAUGUGCUUUAUCAAAUUGUU